CGAGGCGCGUUCCUUCCCCACCGGCAUUCUCCACGGCUCUGGCCCGCCUCCGCGCCUUGACCCCGGCAGAGGGGCCCUCCCCGCCUGAGCCGUGUGGGAGGCGCCCGGCCCGCUCCGCGCCUGGACCUUCAAUGCCCUCGGUUUUCCGUUCAAAUCCACGCCACACAUUUAUGGCGAUUCUGAGUGUCCGGGCAGAUUUCUGCCGGGCCCAGCACAGCACCCUGGCUGACAAGUGAGCUGGUGGCCAGGGUCCUACGUGCCAUAACUAAGCUUUGCCUUGAAGACUCCACACACCGAGACAUAAGCCUCAAAUAUAUGGGGAUAUCUUCUGCACAUUGGAAACCCCUUCCUCUUAGUGACACUAGAGAAGCCAAGUCUGGCCGAACCCACGUGGAGAGAAGACCUGCCCUUACAUUUUCUUUGUGCCUCACCAGUGCCUAAAUGUAGAAAAGGCUGCCUAUUUUUUGCAUGUAGUAGGAGACUGUGGAGUCCAAAGGAAGCAGGCUACCUGAUUGAGGCUGAAGCUGAAUUCCAGCAGAUGCUCCAGCAAACCUGCUUUUCUUGAAGUGAAGAAUCCUCUUGAAAAACAAACCAAGUAAACAAGGAAAGCUCUGAUCGAUCCCCGGACACUUUAGUGAUUUUUUAAAUGUUUUCUGCUGUGAAACGUUGUAAGGUUUGAAAUUUUUUUUUGCCCCAACACACUUUUUCUUCUUCUUGCCACUAUGAACCGUCCCGCUCCAGUGGAGAUUACUUAUGAGAGUAUGCGCUUCCUGAUCACCCACAACCCAACCAAUGCAACCCUCAACAAAUUCACGGAGGAGCUGAAGAAGUAUGGAGUGACAACCUUGGUGCGAGUCUGUGAUGCUACCUAUGAUAAAGCACCAGUUGAAAAAGAAGGAAUCCAAGUUCUAGAUUGGCCAUUUGAUGAUGGAGCACCACCUCCAAAUGAGAUUGUGGAGGAUUGGCUCAACCUGUUGAAAACCAAAUUUCGUGAACAACCUGGCUGCUGUGUUGCUGUUCACUGUGUUGCAGGGCUGGGAAGAGCCCCAGUUCUUGUUGCUCUCGCACUCAUUGAAUGUGGAAUGAAGUAUGAAGACGCGGUACAGUUCAUAAGGCAGAAAAGGAGGGGAGCUUUCAAUUCCAAACAGCUGCUUUACCUUGAGAAAUACCGACCGAAGAUGCGACUACGCUUCAGAGAUGCCAAUGGCCACUGCAUUGUGCAGUAAGGGGGAGACCCUUCACGGAGUCUGGGCGCUCUCAGGGCUGCCUUUCUGGGCUCGUGGAACCUGGAAAUGUAAUUCUGGAAUCGGACGACAUCCUCACCGUAGCAGUGGAGCCAGUGCUCCUCAGCCUUUGUCCUAAUGAUGAUUGUGAUAAAAAAAAUAAAAUUAAAACAAAACAUUUCAGUGAAGGAUUGUCUUCUCAUGUUGCAUCCAGAACAUCUGCCAAGAGAAAAGAGUUCUUUGAACCUUCUGUAUUUUUAACUUUUUGAAGAAAAACUAAUAAAAUCCAUCUUAUGUCUCAAGGAAAACCAGAGUAUCAGGUUGUGCAGAAACCAUAAUCUUUAAGUGGGACAGCAUCCCUCAGUUAGGUCCUGACCUGGGGAUUUCUUUUAGUUUCGUAACAGUCAUUGUCUUUGCUCUUCUGGCAGGCAGAUUGGAGUACAGUCCUUGUAGGUGUAUGGGAGUGAUUGGCCAUCUUAAGCCCAGAUGGGUGCUCUUGGAAAUAGUGGCAUAUGUACAUCCAGCUUACCAGGAUGUUUUACCAACAGCAUCUCUCUCUGACGUGCUGGGUGAAAGUCCUUUUCUUCACUGGGUAGUAUUUUCAAGCACCAAUCACUUGGCCAUCUGGGACAAGGAUGGUACAACCUGUGACCUUUGGAACACUUUUGAUAAUGUUGAGGCUCUCAGCAUGUGCUUAAAAGGGUGAGGCUCUAGUUUGAUUGUGUAGAUAAAUCCAAAUUAUAUGAUGGCAGAUAUUUCAGAGGUCCUCAGUGCUGUGCUGUUGCUUACCAUUUGCCUACAGAUUCACUUCUCCAAAGAAUUUGGGUUGGAAAUCAACUUCCUGCAAUUUGGGCAGGAAAAACUGACUCUGUAUAGGAAGACUAGGCAUCCAUGUUUUGAAGUCUCUGACUUAAAGUAGUUAAAAUGAUUCCUCUGUCAUAAAGUGAUCCUUGCCUCUCUGGAUGGAAUAAACGUGAAUGAAAUCUAGGUUGAAAUAGGGCUUUGGUGCCCACUUGGCAUCAUGAUCUUGAGUUCUCAGUGCCUGUGUGGGUAUUUCUCCAGACUGGUUUCGUGUACAGUUCACCUUAACCACUGAUUGCCUUUUUUGACUUUUCACCAGGUUUUUAAGGGAGAUUUGUUGGUUGCAUACCACCAAUGACUUGUGUGCAUAUGCUGUCGUCUUCCUCAACAAUAUAUGUAGGGAUAUAGUCCACAAUAGAUAGAGGAAGGGGGUUGAGUUUUAGCCAGGAAAGGCAGGAGAGCAUUGUUUGUGGGCCAGCAAAUCAAGCUUCAGGUGUGUGCUCUUCAAAUAGGCUUCAGCUAGGCUGGGUCCACAGUUGAAGUACCCAACAGAAGCCAUCUCCCUUCUAGCUCGUCGUGUUUUUAGAAUGUGUUUGGUUGUCAAGACUUUGCAUUUACGUUCUAGGGUUUAGCUUGCCCUUGUAAUCUCUUGUGCAGCAUCAAGGGCUUUGAGCAGUCUCUGUCAGCAGUUCUUCCAGUGGGAAUAGGCAAGGUCUUGCAGCCCUCCUAGACAGGGUAUCUUAUUGGGUUGGGUCUGAUCGCUGAUCACAGCCCCGUUUACGCAUUUUAAGCCAGAUCAUGGACUUGAAAUUAGUUUCCAUAUAGAUUUAAGUUAAGCCAGUUGUCAUGUUACUAUGCCAAUCAGUGCAGUUGUGGGUGAUUUUUUUAACAGAUGUGAAUCUACAUUGUCAGCCAUAAGUUCCUCCUUUUCUCUAAAAUAUGGCAAGUACUUGGAAGCAGGCAUUAGAACAUAUGUGUUCAUUGUGAAGGCCUGCAUGUUAGGAAGAAGAUACUACUCGGGGAAAUAUUCUAGGUAGGUAAAGUCCUAAAUAUUAAAUCUCGCCCCCCAAUCUUUCCACCUCUGCAAUGCCUCUCUGGUGCACAUUAAGGCAUAAAUAGUUAUUGGAACUAGAUGGCCAUUUCUACAAAAGUUAGUAUCCCCUUUUGCCAGAUAAAUCUGCUACGACUUAGAUGUUGCAGCUGAACAAGUCAGCCCCAAACUUGUAGGAACAAUUUAAGAAAUUCACUUGUUCUAUAUGUAAUUUUUGUCCCCCCUCCUUGAUUUUCACUUUGUAUUAUAGCAUAUUGGCUUGUAUUGCAAACUUAAAAAGAAUAGACACGGGGUGGGCGGUCAAGCACACGGGUGUGCAUACUGUCGUAGAGUAGACAUGCUAGAGCUUUGUUGUGAGUGGGACUCAACAGGCACAAUUUCUGGUUCAGCACUUGGAACAUGGUGCAAUAAAGUUCUUACUGCAUAAAGUC